GCGCCAUCUUUGAAACGGAUGUUAGCAGUUGGAAAACAUUAGCGCCAGCAUGAAAGUACGACAAAGAUAGGGGGGAUCAAAGAAAAAUGGCCGUCAAGUUAAAAUCGAGAAAUACGAAAAACGAACGAGAGUGUAACGAUCGAAUGUGAAUAUAAGUCGAUGGUUUUUUAUAAAUUAAUCACGGAAUAACGAACAAAAUGCGUAACGAAAUGACAAUGUAUACGUUAAAACCAAUUGUUUCCCUGCCACGAAUAUUGCAUCAUAGAAAAAUGAUGUACGAAAUGCGAAAUAUUCAUGAAGAAUCAACAGACGACCAUACGGAAGCCGAGAACAAGAUCGUGCCUGAUAUCACUGAGCAGGUUAUCAGCUUUUUAAAGAGUCCACUACCAGAAUAUAAUGCAUUAGAAGCACGACAAGAAAAAAUAUUAGCACAACUUGCAGAACUUAAGAAACAAGUUUCAACACUUUCUGGAUUUUUAAAACAGACAAAUCAAGUAAUCAAUAAAAGUGUCACAAAUCAGACAGUUAAUGUAAAUCUUAUCAUUAAUGUAAAUCCUAAAAGGCCACCAUACUUUAUAUCUGCAUUACAAAAUUUAUGGGAAGACACUGAUAUUAAAGUACAAACUUAUGUUCAUUCAAGUCUUAAUAAAGAAGGAUCUUUUAUUUAUCAAUCAAUUACAAACUCUCCUAAGAAUAAUAUUAUUAAUUUAUCAUUAAUUUGGAAAGAUGUUGAAGAGCUGCAACUUGUAUCUGGUCUACAUAGUUAUUAUAUAACUGGUGAAACAAAUUUUCUAAGAUAUAUAAGUAGACUAAUAAAUUCACACAAUUAUGAAAACUCUGAUUGUGUAGAGAAAUUAAAUACUACUGAUUUAAUAUUAGAUUUGUGUCAUUCUUUAUAUUUUGAAGAAUCAUUGAAGAAAAAACAAGAAAUAUUGUCACUAAUAGCAGAUAAGUUAAAUAUAAAUUGGUUAAAUAAAAAAAAACUUGAUAUAGCAGAUAUUGCUGCAUGGUCUACAAUUAAACAAAUUUUUCCAAACAAAUAUCCGCCAAAACUUAAUGAAUGGUUUGAAGCUUGUGAAAAAAUUUUUAUGUAAAUAAAAAUCUCUUAAUAAAAUAA